AUGGGCCCAGCAAAGACUACCACCAUGACAGAAACAUGCGCAGCUGUCCUCAUUCAAGCAUGGUGGCGAGGCACGGUGCUGCGACGCUGGCUGCUGUAUGUUGCUCUCAACGCGUGGAUCAUUCAGUCCUGGUGGAGAAAGAUUCUGGUGAAGACGCGGGAAAGCAGACGGCGGGCGGCCAUGGAGCUGUACUCACGAAAAACAUGGGCAACCGUUAAACUGCAGUCGUGGUUCCGAAUGUGGCGGAUCCGCCAGCGGUACUGUCGCUUGCUCAAUGCUGUUCGCAUCAUCCAGGUUUAUUGGCGUUGGCAUAGUUGUCACACUCGUGGCUUUAUCCAGGGCGACUACGAAAUCAAAGAAAACCAACUCAAUAUUCAACUUGAAAUUUCCCUGGGCGCACAGGCUUGCAAGGUGCAGCAAUGCAUAACUCUACCAAUAAAAUAG